UUAAUACUUGGAGGACAGAUAUAUCGUACUUAUUACAAGUAGCGUUAUUGUAAAUAUAGUGUAAAAAAAUAAUGUAUAAAGACGUUUUCUAGUAGAUGUUCGAAAUGUGAAUGAAAGUACUUAUAGUUUCCGCGCAUCAAAAUGUCGACAAAUGAAGGCAGUGUCAGUGAUUUAGCCAAACUUUCGAACUUAACCAACGAGGAGAUACUCCAACACCUGAAAGAAAGUUUCUAUAAAGGACGAAUAUAUACGUACAUUGGAGAUGUUUUAAUUGUAGUCAAUCCUUAUGAAACAAUCCUAAAUCUAUACAAUGAUCAGCAACAUGUUUAUUAUCAACAAGCACCCCGAGAUCCGCCACAUAUUUUCUGGACAGCAGAGCAGGCAUAUAGACGUCUACAGGUGGAACAGAGAAAUCAAUGCAUUGUUGUGACUGGUGACUCCGGGGCAGGAAAAACUGAAAGUACUAAACAUAUAUUGCAGCAUCUGACAAAAAGAUCGCCAUGUGAAAUCACUAAAUUAGUCGAAAAGCUUAAUCAUGUCAAUCCUUUGAUAGAACUUUUCGGAAAUGCUAGUACCUUACUGAACAACAAUUCUAGUCGAUUUGGGAAGCUUAUAGAACUUUCAUAUAACGAAAACGACAAAUUAAUUGGAGGUAAACUGAGAACAUUUGUGUUAGAAAAAUCCCGUGUAGUUCAUCAUAAAGCUCAGGAGAGAAAUUUCCACGUAUUUCAUGCCUUGUUCAGUGGUAAUAAUGAACGUGACUUACAAGACAAAUAUUCAUUGGAAAGACCAAAUGAAUACAGAAUUAUGCGCGAAGACGAAGAUAUGCUUCAUUUACAUACUGGUAUAUUUGGGAGCCAGGAAGAAAAACAGAAAUACGGGAAUAGUUUCUCACAAGGCUGUAAAAUCUUAAAAGAAAUCGAAUUUACGGAAAAGGAAAUAACUGAGAUCCUGAGUAUUUUAGCAGCUUGCUUACACCUUGGUAACAUUGAGUUUGAGGAAGUUGGAGAUGACACUGAUGGUGUUGCUAUUCGUGAUGACGACCCCUUACGACAUGCAAUCAAGUUACUUGGAAUAGAAGAUGACAACUGCGAUGAUAUCAAUGAAGUUUUUAUAAGUCGACCUAUAUGUGUUCAAGGUCAGACUACUCGGAAACCAUUGAACCAGGUUCAAUCUGCUGAUGUGAGGGAUUCUAUUGUGAAAGCUUUAUAUUCAGGAGUUUUUAAAGCUAUUAUUGAUCAAAUAAACAAGAGCAUCGAAGGCAGCACGUAUUCAACUAGAGCAAGUCAAAAAAUCAUUGGAAUCCUUGAUAUCAGCGGAUUUGAGAGUGUUUCAGAAAACAGUUUGGAACAGUUGUUAAUCAACAGCACCAAUGAAAAAAUACAUCAAUACCACCAACAACAGAUAUUUGAAUUAGAAAACAGCGAGUAUACCAAGGAAGAGAUACAUGUGCCUGCAAAUACAUUUCAAGAUAACACAUCAGUUCUUGGACUUAUAUUUGGCAAACCUGGAGUACUGUCUCUUUUGGAUGAUCAAAUUAAAGUUUCCAAUUCUGAAGGGUCUUCGCUCGUGGCACAAUAUAAUUCAGAAUUUAGAGACAAAUAUGAUGUUUACCAGUCGACUGGACAUAAUAUGUCAUUUCGCAUUGUUCAUUAUGCUGGACAGGUGACAUAUAGCGCUAGAGAAUUUCUAGACAAGAACAGAGGAACUGUUCCAGAUAGGAUAAAGGAAAUUUUUACAGAAAGGAGUGAUUUCUAUAUUGUCAGUGAAUAUUUUGAUACACAGGAUUCGUUUUUGACUCACCGGAGUUCCUGCAGAGACACUCUGUCAAAAAGACAGGCCAGAGAAAUUGGCCAAAGAUACAAUAAAACUGUGAACAAAUCUGAAGAUAAACAGCUGUCAAGAUCAGCGAAAAGUGCAGCAUCACAAUACGUGACAUCAUUGACCUGCCUCGUUGACAUCUUGGCCGAUGCUAGGCCGCUUUUUGUCAGAUGCAUCAAAUCGAAUGACAAUCAACAGCCUAAUCGUUUCGAUGAAAAAGUUGUAUUAAAUCAGCUGCAAAGUGCCGGUAUCGACGAUAUUACCAGAAUAAGAAGAGAUGGAUUUCAAAGCAGAAUGCCGUUUAACAAAUUUCUGAAAAUGUUUCAAAUAUUUCGGGAUUGUGCCAUAAUACCAGAAGGUACAAAUCAGAAACUUACAACAGAGAACAUAUUACAGGCUUGUAAAGUUGACAAAGAUUCUUACAAAAUUGGUCGAACAAAGGUGUUCAUGAAAGGACAUGUCGUAGAGAAAAUUAACAAGGAGAAGAUAGUACUGAUACAGAAAAGAGAGGAGCAAAUGAUAGAACAAGAAAGAGAAAAAAGAGAAAAGGAACAAACAAAGCUAAGGGAAAUAGAACAAUCACAAAAGGAUGCGGUUGUCACACAUAAUCCACAAAUCAGCACACCAGUUUACACAAGAACUGAUGAUAUUCCAAUGCAGGACAUGGCUGGUACUAUUGUUCAAGAUGACACACCAGAAACACAGUCCGUGAAUAGUUUUCCUCCAACUUAUAUUGAUGUAGAAAAUCAAAACAAAAGAAACGAAAGUACGAGAUGGGCAUGGGAUGCAUUUAGAAAUACCGAAAGAGACUUCGAAGGCUGUGUAGAAGUGGAAGAAUACUUUUUAAAAUUCUGUCGACUUUUGAUGUGUGUUGGAUUAUUUGUGGGAAUUGCAGCAAAAGGUGUUGCCACCAUUCUAAUUCCACUGCUUCUGGCGUCACAGUUGAAAACAGAAAAGGUUGAUGGUCGGAAGUCUAUCGCUUUGACAGAACUGAUUAUUUGUUACUCAACACCAAUUGCCUUAACAUUUAUACAGUCAAUGUUUAAAGUGUGUUUUGGGAGAGCUAAAAACAUUGGAUGGAAGUCAUUUUUACCAGUAUUUUUACUAGAAAGUGCAGAGGCAUGUGGAACAGCCUAUUUGUUGUUCAAGGUUGUUCUUAACCAUUCCAUGACAUCAGGAAUAACUCUCAUGAUGUCAUCAUUUACACUUCCGUCAAUUCUCAACAUUUUAAAACAAAUUGCAUUAGCAAGGAAUAGACAAAAAUUUGUGAUACGUCUGUCAAGUGUAAGCGUAGCUUUGAUAGCAAUGCUAAUUCAAUGUGGAGUCGUAGUUUGUGCGAUUGUUAGACCGAACAUAGUGUUUAGCGAUACCACUACCGAUCAUAUCCAUUAUACGACACAAGAGAAAAUUUGUCUCGUAGCAAGUUUAGUCGGAAUUUCAAUGGGAUACUGUCAAAAUUUUCUGUUUUGCAACUUGAAAAUUGGAUCCUUCAACUUAAAAAUAAAAGACUGGAGAAUAGCGGUGGACAAAGCAAGACCAAAAAUAAAUUUGAAAAUGUGCAUCAUUAAAGUUGGUAUAUUUUUAUUGAUGGCAAAUUUUUUGGUGCCAGAUAUAAAGUGGACAUUUACAGAAGAUAUUCCAAAUUUAAAUGACGCUUUUCUUAGCAAUAUCAAUGAAAAUCUAAAUGACACUUUUCUAAACAAUAUCAAUGAAACUUUCAAUAAUAACACUUCCCAUGACAAGAUUAUUGAACCUAUAAAAGACACUAUUUCUGACACGACAAAGGAAAAUUUAAAUGAAACGUUUCUUGACCAGAUUUUCAACAUCUUCAAAAACCAUAAGUUAAUGUUCAUAUAUAUAUAUUGUGCCAUUUUCGCUUCAUAUGAAGGCAUACUUGCUUGCAAAUUACAAAUGCAGCGAAUAUCAUUCUUCAUUCCAUUGGCGUUAGUGCCUCUUGGAUGUUUUGGUGGAGUUAUAGGAUUCUGUUAUAAUUGGCCAGACGACAGUAAUGUGUUUGGGUUAGCUGUUUCCUGUCCAAGAGUUGACAUUGAAAGUCUAUCUAUGUGGAUCGGAUCUACUAUUGGAUUGUGGGUAUCUGUUCUAUUGAUGACAUGGUAUGUUCUUUUUCCACAGUGCAACAGAAUGGAACGAGACCAAAGGUUAUUCGUAUUACCAGUUAGAGAUAAUUUCUUCUCAUCUCUUGGAUUGCUGAUGAAAAGGAAAGAUGAUACGGUUGAAGAGCAACUUCUCAAACAUGCAAAAUUUAAACCUGUCUUUAAAAAAGGAAAUGAAGACGAACAUGAAUCGUUUAUGAAUGAAAAACGUAGAGAAAGUAAAGAGAGAAGGAAGCAUAAAAAGAAAGCCAGACCGUACAUUUAUAUUUGUGGAACUAUGUGGCAUGAAACAAGACAAGAAAUGUUACAACUUCUAAAAUCAUUAUUCAGAUUGGAUUUUCACCGAAGUAAAUAUAAGCUUGCAGAAGAGAUUUUUAAAGUAGAUGUUGAUUACUUUAACCACGAAAUUCAUUUGAUUUUUGAUGACGCCUUUGAAACUGAUAAGAAAUCCAGACAAAGACUACCAAAUGAGUGGGUAAAACAGCUGGUAGAAUGCAUGGAAGAGGCAUCAACAUCAGUCGCAAGGGGCCGUAUGAAAUGGGAAAACAAGCCAACAAAAACCACUACACCAUAUGGAGGACGAUUAUAUUGGACCAUGCCAGGGGGAACAGAAAUGACGAUACAUUUAAAAGAUAAAGACAAAAUCAGACACAGAAAACGAUGGUCACAGAUCAUGUACAUGUACUACUUAUUGGGAUAUAAGAUGAUCGGCGCCAUUUUGGAAAAUAACUUACUGGAGAAGGACACAAAUAAAAGAUAUCACUACAGACGCAUAACAUCAUUACUGAACCAAUUGCCAAAAGACAAGGUUAAAAGGGCUCACAACAGCUUCAUUUUAGCUUUGGACGGAGAUGUAGAUUUCAAACCUGAGGCAGUACAGAAACUGAUAGACAAAAUGACCAAGAAUGAUAAAGUUGGUGCUGUAUGUGGACGAAUACAUCCUAUUGGAUCAGGUCCAGUUGUAUGGUAUCAACAAUUUGAAUAUGCUGUCGGACAUUGGCUACAGAAGGCUACAGAACAUGUUUUUGGAUGUGUACUUUGUUGUCCGGGAGCCUUUAGUUUAUUUCGUGCUUCUGCUGUAAUGGACGAUAACGUGAUGAGGAUGUAUACCAGUCCUCCUACUGAAGCACGCCAUUUCAUCCAGUUUGAACAAGGUGAAGACAGAUGGUUAUGUACAUUGAUGCUACAACAGGGUUGGAAAAUAGAUUAUGCUGCUAGCGCUGACGCCUUCACAUUUGCACCACAAACCUUUGAAGAGUUUUUCGUGCAGAGACGACGAUGGGCACCGUCAACUCUUGCAAAUAUUAUUGACUUGCUUUCAUCUUGGAGAGUAACAACGAAAGUGAAUGAUAAUAUCAGCACGUUGUUCGUCUUAUAUCAAUUCGUAAUUCUUUCUUCAAGUUUACUUGGUAUCGGAACGGUUACGUUAAUGAUUACCGGGUCUUUCAAUGCUGUACUCAAAAUAAAUAUGUUCCAUUCAUACAUCGUUGCAAUAACACCAGUUGUUUUGUAUGCCAUCAUAUGCAUGAAAUGUAGCAAUGACAAACAAAUUGGAGCAGCAGCGCUUCUUUCAACAGUGUACACCUUAGUCAUGGUUAUCGUCACGGUAGGGUUGUUUGUAAAUCUCGCAACAGAAAAGUCGUACAGUCCAAAUGUAAUAUUUUUCAUAGAAAUACUAUCUAUUUUUAUAAUCGCUGGUUUUGCACAUCCAAAAGAGUUAAUGUGCCUGGUUCAUGGUUUGCUGUAUUAUCUUAUGGUUCCAUCCACUUUUAUCUUCCUAACUGUGUAUUAUAUGUGCAAUAUUCAUGUUGUCACGUGGGGUACACGUGAAAAGAAAACGGAAGAAGACAUUAUAGAGACAACGGAAUCUGAAAAUGCUACUAAGUCAGCGAAAUCUCCCAUACUAAUAAGAUGUUUGCAGAAACUAGGCGUUCAUGCUUUAGUGAAAGAAUCAACAAGGUUAAUUAAGCAAUUAGUGGGAGCAAGAGUUGAGCAGGAACCAGAUGGUAAUGAAAUAGAAGCAGGUACGCCACCACCUGUUGGAGUAAUACCUAUACCACGUGCUGCAACACGACGUCCAAAAGUAAGACAAGAGCCGGAUGCUUGGCAGUCGAUGGAAUACUUGGGACUAAAAGAAAAAGUUAAUAUUGAGAAAAAUGAAACUGAAUUUUGGAGUGAUAUCCUUGAAAAGUAUCUUAAACCAAUUGUAGAAAAUAAACAGAAAAAAGAGGAAAUUCAAAAAGAACUAAAAACUCUCAGAAACAAUGUCGCUUUUGGAUUCUUAUUGAUGAAUUUUCUGUUUGCAACUGCAGUAUUCCAACUUCAGAACAACGAGGACCAGUUGAAGAGUUUUUACAUAUUAAAAGAGUACGAACCUUUGUCGGUCACCUUCUUAGUAGUGUUUGCAUUAGUUAUAUUGUUGCAGUUUAUUGGAAUGCUUAUUCACAGGUGGGGCACCUUUUUGCAUUUAAUAUCAAGUGUAAAACUCUGGACUUUUUCAAAAGAAACAGAAGAAGAUUGGGCUAAACAAGCCCUUAAAGAAACAGAAAAAUUGCAGUCUGCUGAUCAAGAAGUUGACUUUGAGGAAACCAUUAGUUUAUCGACUAUAUCAUACGAUUCACGGGUAAAUGGUCACGAGCGACAAAAUGCACCGGAAGAGGAUUCGCCUGAUUAUCCAAGUGAUGAGGAACCGGAUCAAGAUUAUCCAAGUUAUGACGAGCAGACAAGUAACGAAUAUGAAAGAAACUUUCGUCGAAGAUUUGAGACAAUAAGAAAACAAUUAGGUCCGUCUAGAAGAAUCAGCACCAGAACUGUACAAACACAUAACACAAGUAUAAACAGAGCUAAUCUUUACCAAAGAACACUUGGUCGGCGUGCCGGCGCUAGAAUAAAUCAUGCAUUUAACGUUUGAUAAGGAAUGUAAAAUGCAUGUUUUGAUUGAUUAAAGGUUAUUAUUCCUGACGUCAAGAUUAA